AUGAUCUCCAUUAGAAACCUAAGAGCCCUUGGUAGCGUUAAGCCUCUGUUUGCCCCUUCAGCAAGAGUAUUUUCAACAGUAUCUUCAAGAUUGAAUGAAGCAAAUAAAACCGAACCUACACCCUCAAAUCCCGAAGUCGAAAAGCCGAAGAAACAAUACUCUAGGCGCCCAUUGUCUAGCAUUCCAAUAGGUAGUGAAAACUAUUCCUCCCAAACUAUGAAGAAGAAGAACCCGAUUGAGUAUUUAUCUUGGAAAUCAUUUGUGUUAUUUAUUGCCGUUGGUGCAGGAAUGACUUAUUUUUUCCGUAACGAAAAGGAGAAGAUGAAACUACGUAAGGAGGCUGAAGCUAACAGAGGUGUCGGAAAGCCUCUAAUUGGUGGCCCUUUUAACCUAGUAACCCAGGAUGGUGAGCCUUUCACAGAGAAGAAUUUAAUUGGAAAAUUCAGUAUAAUUUAUUUUGGUUUCACACAUUGUCCUGAUAUCUGUCCUGAUGAGUUGGAUAAGCUAGGUCUGAUGUUAGAUGAAUUAAAGAAAAACGGAGUCGAACUACAACCAAUCUUCAUUACUUGUGAUCCGGCAAGAGAUUCGCCAGCUGUACUAAAAGAAUAUUUGAGUGAGUUCCAUAGCGAUAUUAUUGGCUUAACUGGUGAUUAUGAUGAAGUUAAGAGAUGUUGUAAGAACUACCGUGUUUACUUUAGUACGCCUAGAGACUUGAAACCAGGCCAGGAUUAUCUUGUGGAUCAUUCUAUUUUCUUCUACCUGAUGGAUCCCGAAGGGGAGUUCAUUGAUGUCUUGGGUAGGAACUAUGAUGCGGAAGGAGCGGUACAAAAGAUUAUCAAGGAUGUUAACGCUUACGAACCUAAAGAAGUGAGAGAACGUAAGAAGGAAGGCAUGCUUGGUUGGUUAUAUAAAUAA